AUGCUAUUAAUUUUCUCCGAUUAUUUGGAAAACGCAUCGGUUUCUGAUGUAAUUUACUUCUACUGGAACGCCGCCUUGCUCUAUUUCACCGAUUUAUUCGCCUACUUACACGAAACGUCCCAUCAAACAUUGCCCAGCACAUUCGACGAUUUCCAGUGGGAUUUGCUGCGAAUCUUCGCAGGAUUGAUCCUGUUCAACCUUCUAUCGAUCCUCAUCGUGUGGAAAUUACACGGCGAAUCGAUUUACAAACAGUUCAUGACAAACCCCACAUUGAGGGAGAUCGAAGAGCUGAAGGCGAGCGUGUCGAAGUUGAAGCUGCCCAAGGAGCACUCGCCGAGGAUUUGA